CUCUGCCGGCCCCGCCCUCGCGGCGCCCCAGUGCCGCGAAGAGCCGCCGCCCGGGCGAGGCGCUGGCCGGGUUCCGCGGUUGGUUCCUUGCUUUUUCAAAACUCAGAGCGAGGAUCCGGCGCCCCCUUCAACUCGCGUUUGCCCAGAGCGCUGGCGGGGAAGCGGGUUCCCUUUCUGCGGUCCACCAAGAGCUUGAGCCGGGCACAGAAGUAAUGCCACCAAGAAGAAAGGAGAAAUACAAACUUCCUGUUCCACUUCCAGAAGGCAAGGUUCUGGAUGAUGUGGAAGGAAAUAAAUGGGUGCUAGGCAAGAUGAUUGGUUCUGGAGGAUUUGGAUUGAUAUAUUUAGCUUUCCCCACAAAUAAACCAUAUGAAGAUGCAAGACAUGUAAUAAAAGUGGAAUAUCAAGAAAACGGCCCAUUAUUUUCAGAACUUAAAUUUUACCAAAGAGCUGCAAAAAAAGAAUGUAUCAAAAAAUGGAUAAAACUAAAACAACUUGAUUAUUUAGGAAUUCCUGUGUUUUAUGGAUCUGGUCUUACUGAAUUCAAGGGUAAAAGUUACAGAUUUAUGGUAAUGGAAAGACUAGGAACAGAUUUACAGAAGCUCUUUGACCAGAAUGGCACCUUUAAAAAGUCAACCGUCCUCCAGCUAGGUAUUCGAAUGUUGGAUGUACUGGAAUAUAUACAUGAAAAUGAAUAUGUUCAUGGUGAUAUAAAAGCAGCAAAUCUACUUUUGGGUUACAAAAAUCCAGAUCAGGUUUAUCUUGCAGACUAUGGACUUGCCUACAGGUAUUGUCCCAAUGGGAACCACAAACAGUAUCAGGAAAAUCCCAGGAAAGGCCACAACGGGACCAUGGAGUUUACUAGCUUGGAUGCCCACAAGGGAGUAGCCCUGUCCAGACGGAGUGACCUGGAAAUCCUCGGCUACUGCCUGCUGCGCUGGCUGUGCGGGCGGCUGCCCUGGGACGCGUGCCUGCAGGACCCCGCGGCCGUGCAGACGGCUAAAACGAAUCUGUUGGAUGAGCUCCCCGAGUCAGUGCUGAAAUGGGCUCCUUCCGGAAGCAGUUGCUGUGAAAUAGCCCAGUAUUUGGUAUGUGCUCGUAAUUUAGCCUAUGCUGAAAAGCCAAACUAUCAAAUGCUCAAGGAGAUUCUGAACCCGGGUGGAAGACCUUCAGGACCACUGGAAUUUUCUGCCGAAGGACAGAGUGUGAACGUCCCUACUCCAAACAACCACAAAGUUGAUUCACAAAAGGCUGCAACAAAGCAAGUCAAUCAGAUGCAAAAUAGGAUUAUAGAAAGAAAUGCCCACAGUGAGAGAAGUGCGGAGUCCCACACAACAUGGAGAGAAGUGCAAAAAGAGGAGCCGGUUGGAUUGCUUACCAAGGACACGGCUCAGGAAAGCACAAGGAGAAGACAAAAAUACUGUGAGUCUCAAGAAUGUCUGAAUGAAGUAAAAAGUCCUCCACAAAAAGAUGGCUGUAUGCAGUUCCCAAACUCAUUUUAUGAACCCCAGCAAGAUUGUACCAGUCCAGAUGUGUUCAACAAGUCAAGAUGCCCACCUUGGUGCACACGCACUCAUACAACUGGUACAGAAGUCACAGGCUUAAAGCGGUCCCCAGGAUUCUCGUUUGCAAUUUCCCAGUUUACCCUCAGUGAAGAGACAAAGGCAGAUGUAUAUUAUUAUGGCAUCACCAUUCUUUUCCUUUUGAUUGGCAUUCUUAUUUUGUAUUUUCUUUGA